AUGGGUUCCAUAAACGCCUCCUCCGAAUUGGAGCCCCCCAAUGGCGGCUUCAAGGCGUGGCGCACUGUGUUCGGCUCGUUUUUGCUGCAGACCUCAUCCUACGGCUACGUGACAGCAUGCGGUGUCUUCAUGUUUUACUACUCCGAGGUCAUGCUGCCAACUUACUCAACAUCACAGCUUGGGUGGAUCACCACCAUCGCCAUCUUCCUGAUCUUCGGCGUUGGCAUCCCUAUCGGCGCUCUCGUCGACCGCUACGGCACGCGUCCUAUUAUUGCACCCUUCGCCGCACUGGGGGUAAUAUCACUAGGCCUGCUUAGUCUCUGUCGCACCUACUGGCAGAUCCUCCUCUGCCAGGGCGUCGCUUUCGGCCUGGCCUGCUCCGGUACUACACUGCCCGCUGUCAUCUGUGUGACCCAGUGGUUCUCGACCAAGCGCGGGCUCGCCGUGGGACUCGCCAGCGCCGGUAGCAGCUUUGGCGGUCUUAUCUUCCCGAUCAUGGUCUCGCGCCUGAUCGACACCCACGGCUUUGCGCCGGCAAUCAAGUGGUCAACCGUGGUCGUCGGCAUCUGCAUGGUGACAGGGGUUAUCUGCUGCGAGGGACCCUCCCCCCCGAAGCAGAUGGCAGCCCUCAGCAAGAAAGAGGCGAACAGUGCAUCCUCCUCGAUACACUUCAAGGCCGACAGCCGCGACGACCCGGAGCGUCUGAGGGCGGCCAUCUCUGGGGGGAAUGCGCAGAAGCCCACCAGUAAAUGGGCGGGGCUGCGGCACAAUGGGACAGCAUGGCUGGCAUUCUGCGUUGGGAUCUUCUGCUGUACCUUCUCACUACUAGUUCCCUUUGACUACCUCCCACUGAUGGCAGUGCAGGCAGGCAUGAACCGCGAUCUGGCGCAGUACAUGCUAGCCAUUAUCAAUGCCGGCUCGAUAGUUGGUCGCGUGGUGCCAGGCUUCCUGUCGGACCACCUGGGACAGUUUAACGUGAUGGUGCUGGUUAGCGUCUUGUCCGCCGUCGCGCUGCUGGCUAUCUGGUUGCCCGUGUACUACGCACCCACGGACGGCGGGAUAAUUUUCUUUGCUGCAUUUUAUGGGUUUGUGUCGGGGGGGUAUACCAGUCUGCUCUCCCCGUGUGUUGUGGCACUGGUUGACGGCCGCAUGGCUGACUUGGGUCUGAAAUUCGGCAUUGCCUGCAUCUGUCUGGCCUUUGGUUCUCUUGUGGGCAUCCCGGCCAGCGGCGCUCUGGCCGAUAACACGGGCAACUGGGCCUCGCUGAUCGGACUGUCGGGCGCCAUCAUGGCCCUGGGUGCGCUGUGUUUAAUUGUAGCACGCGUGAAGAAAGGCGGCUGGGAUUUGAGGAAGGUGUAG